CUCGUUCGUUUCGUUGUGUGUUGAUUUGUAAUAGAAUCAAAAAUAAUAUAUUGUCUUGUGUAACAAGAAUAACAAACCCCUUUAAUUUUCAGACUAUGAAGUAGCUUUGUGAAUAACCUAAUCAAAAUGUAUAUCGUAUUUUAAAUUCUUAUACACCAAGGGUGGCAGGUUGGAAGAAGUCUAUUACAAUGAAGGAGGAGGAACUAAAGUAUACUCUAAAAUUGCUAGAUAAUGUCACUGAAGCAAUAUAUGAGGAAGUACUACAGUUUUAUUAUAAUGUUGAAGAAUCAAAACCCAUCAAAGAUUUAUCUGAUGAAACAAUAGAGUUUUUUAAAGAGAACUUAAAGACCAAUCCUGUCACCACAACAGCAGUUCUUGAGUUCAUUCAACAACAUAUUGCUGAUAACAAAACAACAUUAAAUAAAAUACAAACAAUUUACUUAGAUAUUCUGAGAUAUGAAUUAACUGAAACAAAUUGCACAGAUAAAUUGAUAACACUAAUAUCUUUAGUAAGAUGGGAGGACAGCUUUGUUCCUCAAUUUAUCCAGAAAAUAUUGAAACCCAUAUCAGAAGAAGUUUAUAGACAAUACAGAAAACAAAUUUUGAUCAGUCUUGUGCCUCACGAAAGGCCAGAACUCUUGAGGGUCACUUCAGAUUAUAUACAGAAGAAUGAACCACAGAAGGAAUUUAAACUGACACCUGAGUACAUGUUAGAACUAUGCUAUCAGGACAAGACGCACUGGCUGCUGAAAGCUGCCGAAGUGUACAAACAUCAGCUCCAUGACCUAAAAAAUGUUACAUUCAAAAUAAAUAACUUCACCAAACAAAUACUCAUUAUGGUUCUAAUUGACCUGACGAAUAGUCCCGAGACGUACGAUUUACCAUCGUUAGUUCACCAACUGUCCAACAUUUUCUCCAUUCUUGAUACCUAUACUACUGCAGAUGAACAGUUGCAUUUCUACAUAACAGAGGUUAAAAGGGAGUUGACGCUGAUAAAGUUCUGUUUAGAAAACAAUUGUAAAAUUAUGACAACCUCCAUAUUCAGCCAACUGCUGACCCAGAGUGCUCUAGCUGUGAUAUCGCAAGUAUGUAGACUUUCUAAAGUAGAUAGGUAUAAAGUAUCGAGACUUCUCAAUUCCAACAAUGAUUACAUAACUGAGCUUCUUAAUGCGAGCAACAAAAAGGACCAAAGGACUCAACAGAACUUAGGCGUGGUCAAUUGGGACAUAAUGACGUACAAUAGCUACUGUGCAAUAACUAAAAUUAUAGACACGAUAGUUAAUUCUUCUGAAGGAUCCGAAAAUGCACAGGAAACGACUUCUUCCUUGGAUGAAAUCAAAAGACUGGUUUUAUCAAUCCAGCCCAUACAUUGCUGCAUUGAAGUUAUAGAAAAUAUAUUCGCAUGUCUCUUUUUGAGGUACGAAUACUUCUCGUGCCACGAACACAACCAGGAUUUCUCGUGUGGAGCGCAUUCUGAAUGUUCGUACUUUUACUCAAAGAAACAAAGUAAAAGUCCAAAGAACGUGAAAAACUCAAAUGCUGGUUUUAUGUGCAACUCUUUGACGACGCAGUUAGUGCUGAACACUUUAAAGAUAUGUUUGGAAAAAUUAGAGGAGAACGUAAAGAACAUGGAUGGGAACAUCCUUGCCAGGUUUAAAACGCUGGUAAAGGUCGUGAACCACUCCAUCUGGAAGCUUCAGCUGGUGUCGAGCCUUUCGCCAGACACAAGUCCACUGCAGCUUAAGCUUUGUCUAGACUACGUUGAAGUUGAUGUGAGCAGUGAGGAUGAAGAUCGCGAAAUAGACCUGAAGGUUUCAAGGAAAAAGCCCAAGACAAGAAGAAGACAUACUAAUUCUAAACCCGAUUAUGAUCAAGUUAUGCUGGCGUCAACAAUUUCAGCUACUGACGAUGUGUUCGUUUCGACAAAAGGAAACACCAUAGACUUCAUAUCAAUCAUGCUUGCCAAGCCUAAUUGUCUGGUAGCAUUGGCGCUCUACCACAACGACUUUUCGAAAGCUAACCAAAUUCUUGAGAUGUUCGACUUGGCCGACUCAGAAAUCGCUACCGAGGUCACUUUCACAGAACAGUUGCGGAAUUUAGUAGCGAAGAUAAAAAAUAUAAUUUACUACAGAGACGACACGCGUUACCCCACCAAAGAAUUAUCCGCGUUGUCCGUCGUGUCGACAGAAGUGAUGGGGCUGGUCGACGGGUUCCUGACCGCCAAUAGGCCUCCGAAUUCUUUCGAUAUAAUCGAGCUCGAAGCUCGUCACCCACAUUUGCAAUUGUACAGUCACCAAAACGCGCCUUUCAUUAACGCUGUAGAUAUCCUACUCAGUAGUGGUUUAAAUAGAGAGAUCACUUACGGCCUCAUAAACGUUGUCGAACGUAAACUAGCCGAAGUCAGGAACUGCACAGACGUCGCCGGCGUCAAGAAGACCAAUUAUAUUCGAUUCGUUGAAGAUAUUGCGAGUGUCACCUUUGAAAUAUUCGGUAAUACGGAGAAGUCUUUCGACUUCGUCGACAAUAUCUGCGGUUUGAUCACAGACUGCCGAAUACCGAUCAAACAUAAAGAGUUCUGUAAAUUAAAUCAGUUGUCCAAAGAACUAAGGCAAUCGUGCGAAGAUCUUACUGAUAUAGUGAAUCCCAUUGAGGGAUCGACAGUAGACCAAAACUUAUUACAAAAAUACCAUCAAAUAUACAUGAACGUUGUGGCAGCGUCAGAUAAAGACUUGUGCAACAUUGGGGAAGUGAGCCGGAAUGGUAAUAAGAAAAUGAGAACACAUUACUUGAGAAUGUGCUAUAUGUACUGUAAGACAGUAUCACAAUUGGAACAAGAGGAUUGUCCGACAGAGUCGGGGAUCGACUCACCGUAUUUCGCAGUACUUGAACGGCCGCUGCAUGACAUCUUUGGCAAUAUGAUCAACAACAAAGAACUGCCUGUUACAUAUCUAGAACCGAUAUGCAAGAAAUUGAACGUCAAUUUGAUACCGAAACUCAUAUUAAACUUCUGCCCGUCGAUUACCUUAGUUGGCCCGCAUAGAGAGGCGACUGAAGAGAAUUUCAACAAUCUUUUGCAAGCUGUAUAUGACUUCACGAACCCAGAAGAAAAUUUGUUUGUGGACCCAGAAGCGAACUUUGCGCCGUUGCCUCGAGCGCCUGACCCACAGUGCCUUACUUACAUUGUCCUCCACAACUGGGUACUCGCACAUAUAAUAAAGAAAAUCCACAUAUCUCCGAACGAAAACACUUUGCAGCAAAGUAUGGACGCUCGGACGAAAUGUUUGAACAACUAUAUGGAGUUGGAUCGUUUCAAUUGGAUUAAAGUUUUAUUUGGGGGCAAUAAAUAUUUGGCGUCGCUGCACACGACGAUCGAUUUGGACAAGCUGUUUCUGUAUAUGCCGAAACUCAUAGAAAAGGGGAAGAUACUGAAGUGUUUGAACAUAAUAAACGCUAUAUCGGAACGCCAGUUGUUAUGUAGCGCGAACUUGAUGAACUUGAGAGAUCUAAUACUGUUCAAACUGGCGACGAAUCCGAAAAUUCAACACAACUUCAAGUAUUGCCAGUACCUAAAGUGUCCGGAAUUGAAAGUGGACUUGAUCUUGAACAAUCUGAGCAGUUGGCCAGCAGACGGCGCUAUAGAAGUGUUGGAUUAUUUGAGGUUCUUGUUGGAGCAAGAUGUCCUGGAUGACGGAUUGUAUGAAAGAUGCACAGAUUGGAUGAUUAAAAUACCUCUUUACGAUCAGAUUUCAGCGAUAAUGGGAGUGAAUCAUUGGUACACUGUUUAUGAGAAAUCAGUGGAAAAUCCGGAGAAUAUCAUCGAAGUUCUCAUGGAUAGCCAGCAGUUCAAACUCUGCCUAGAGUGGGCGGACGUGCACGAGGUGUCAGAGAACAUGAAGAACCUGAUCGUGAUGAACCUCCUGCGGCAACUGUUUGAGUAUACCAACCAGGCCACUCCUGACCUGAUCAAGGAACUUCUAACCCGGCUCCCUACUACACAAGCAAUGGACCUGAUACAAGAAGAAAUGUCCAAAGUCAGAAACGUGGAAAUCCUACAAGUCUGUGUCGAUUUUAUAUCAGAAUACUCUUGCGACUGGAAAUCUUUCGAGAACAUCAAGAUAGGACUGCAGAUAAUGGUGGAAAUUGCGAUGAACAUGCGUAAUGUGUUUUGGGAGUUGAUUGAGAAACCACUGCUUAUGAUCGAGCAGUUUUUAAUGAAUGCCAAAUUGGAUUUACUGGCGACGAUUAUUAACAAAAUAUCGCCGAGUCUGAAGAAGGAUCCGAGCGGUGACAACUUGUACUACAAUAUCAAGUCUAUUGAGAGCUUGGUGAUAUCUCGGAAUGCUGUGGAUGCGUUGUUGAGGUUUUACGCAGAGAAGGCGUUAGACAUGAAGAAUCCUAGGAAUAGGUGUAUAUCGCCGCCGAAACCGUCAGACGAUUCCCUUCUGCAAUCGAUAGACUCGAUCAACAUCGAAGCGGCAUCGCGGCCGUUCGUGAUGCCGGAACAGGUGCCGACCAAGGAACAGUGGGCGGAGGACUAUUCGACGGACCGCUGUAUGCUGUGCCGCACGUCCAUAUUCUCCAUGAUCAUGCGCAGGCACCAUUGUCGGAGAUGCGGCCGGCUGGUCUGCCAUGUGUGCUCUAGACAUCGGAUGCAGGUGCCAACUUACCCAAGCGGCGUAAAGUUCCGCGUGUGCGACGACUGUUACACUCAGACGAUGAACAAGAAAUCUCCUUCUGACCAAGACAACUUGAUGCUGAGUAGCAACUCUGACUCCGGCGGAAGUGGCGCCACCUGCAUGGACUGGUGUCUCUCCACCAACAGCAAGAAGAAUGAAGCUGUGAGGACAGAGUUCAGCUAUGAGUUUACACCGAAUGUCACCCUCUGCCUGUCUAUCAUGAAGAUGCACUGUAUAAACUUGGACUAUCCGCGGUUCCUACUAGACCGUAGCGACGAGAUAGCGCGCGAGUUGUCGAGCGGAGGUGACGCUCGGCUCCUGGUGCGAGCUCGACGCUCGCUGUUACUGGCCGCGGCCGAGCUGUACUCCAGGACCCCUCAGGAGAACGGAAGUGGGGCCUUGCGUGUAGCGGAGACAGGUGCGGCCCACGCGAUGCGCUGCCUGGCGCACGCCGACGCUAUGGCCACCCUCGUCAAGCACCAGGCGCACCACCUCGUGCCGCGGCAGGGCGCACAUCCUAGUCAAAUAGUCCGCUCUCUAUUAGAAGCUGAGAAAUGGGAGUUGGCGUUGGAAAUAGCGACGAAAUCUGGCCUGCCUCGGAACAGCGUUCUAGCCGCUUGGGGGAAGGCUUGCCUCAAAGCCGGCUGCUUCAAACAAGCUAGGGAGAAAUUCUCCCAUUGCUUCAAAAACUCCGUGAACGUUUGCUUGGAAGUUGAAGAUUGUGAAUACGGGAGAGAAGCUAAGGAGUCUGAGCCUCAAUUUGUGAACAGAAGGCUGCAAAGUUUGAGGUACUCGGAGCGGUCGAGUUCCAUGUCGAGUAUGCAGUCGGAGGGGCGGCCGCGGGCGAACCCUCCGCUCUUGAACGAGAUCGUUAGCAUGCUUGAAGAUAUGAACUAUCCUGUAAAUCAACAGUUGUUGAACAAAGCUGAGAACAUAAAGUCUACGAACGAGAAACUAAUAACAAUGAACACUAGCAAAAAGAAAAUCCCUCUGGCCGAGCCGGCGCUGAACAUAAUGCACACACUAGCGAGCGUGAAGAAGAUAAAGCAGGGAGACUACAGUGACUUCCAAACAGCUACAGUUCAGCCGAAGAAAAGCCUCGCACAAGGCCUGCUUAGACGAAACAACAACCACGAACCAAAAGUCGACCAUACCAACAAAAGACUAGACCCAUUCUUCUAUAAAGAAUGCGUGUACUACCUUAGUAACUACGGGUCUCAUGUAGCCAACAUAAUGUUCUAUAUGAAGCACAGCAACAUGACCGAGGUGAUCAGGUACUGCUAUGAUAACCUGGUGGAUAAGGAGACCUUCACUGACGCUGUUUAUAUGGAGUGCUUGAAGAAGGACAAGGUGAAUGAUCUGCUCAAAGCUAUGACUGAUAUGGACAGUACUUUGGAAAUGUGGACGGAGUACAUAAUGCACAUAUGCCGCACGCUGGAGAUGAGCAAGCGCCUGGACGCGCUGUACACGCUGCAGUGCGGCAGCACGCAGCACGCGCGCGCCUCGGCCACGUGCGCGCUGCUGUACUCGCGGCCCGUGCCGGCCGCCCUCCAGCCCUGCGCCGUGCUGCACGCAAGGCAGCACCACCUGUCGGCCGCGCUGCACCACCUGGGGCAAUGUGUGCCCGUGGCUAACAAAGUCAACGACCCGAAAUCUCUCAACUUCCACUUGGACAAAGCAACCAUAGACAACCUGAUGACCACUAUGACUAGACAGAUAGAGGUGGCGAAAUACCUAGCAGCCUGCGAGACUGCGGGACGACUAAAUGAGAAAGUCGUCAAUGAGGUGAUACCAGUGCCGGGGAGGAGGGAGGACACUGGAGACUUCAGACCAUUGACGUUGUUCGGCUCCAACACUGACAAGAUACGGCUGGUAGCGAUUGUAUUGGCUUGCGGACAAACUAUUGAGAUUGGCUUCGAGCUUGCCUUCAAAAUAAUAACCGAGCACAAGUUGGACUCGAUGAACAUCUACACGCACGUGGCGCGGUACCUGGUGGCGGCGGACCGGUUCAUGGAGGUCAAGGCGCUGGCCAAGUGCAUCCGGGCGUCGAAGGAGACUGCUGCCAGCCUAAUGAGUGACCAAGUAUUGGAGGCGGGAGUGAGCGCGGUGGUGGCACGGUGCGAGUCCAGAGGACAACUGCACGACGAGCAGGCUGAAAUACUCAUCAGCGACAUACACAGCGUCACUAUCAAGAUAUCCUGUUACCUGGUAUGUCGCAAUGUGAGCAGCGCGUACAUCCUGGCGGCGCGACACGAACGCACGAACGACCUGCGCCGCGUGCUCCAAGAGGCUGAGAGACUCAGCAACGAACACGUCCGCAGCGCUUGCAUCAAAAGACUUACAUCUAGGAAUGUCAUGUAGACUUAAUCACUGGGCAGGCGGAGAAAAGAUCAAUGAAUUCUGCAUGUAGAUAACAACUAAAAUAACUAAACAUUGGACACUACUCACAGCGACCGUAGCAUGCUGAAUGCAUAAGAAUUCUCGUCAUGAGUUCAUGAGAAUUAUUCAAAUGUGACUUUUUAAAACAAUCAUUCAAUAGCUUAGUUUAUUUUUGACUAUUAUUUCUCUAAUUUGCAUAAGGCUUAAUAUAUUCUUCAUUCAGUUUAAAAUGAAAGUCAUGACUUCUGUUGCUUGUGUGUGCAAUAUUGACUGUAUUUUUUUUAGUAUGUGAUAAAUGGACUGUGGUAACACUGACACUUAUUAUUUAGUGUUUUAAGUUGCAUGAAAGGGAUAAUGAUAAAGACCAAACAUGACUGAACAGAGACGUCUCUGUUUAAUAAUAAUAAAAUGUAAGUUGCAUAUUUUAAAUGCUACAUUAAUUCUGUUAGUAUUAACUGAUGUAUAAAAAAAUAAUUAUUGUGUAUAUUGUUAUAUUUUGAAUAGUCAUACUCAUUUAUAUUCAGAGACCAGUAUUAAAUAAAAGAGCAUAUUUUUAUAUUACUAUAAAAUUAUAUCCUUAGUUAAUUGAAAAAUAUUAAAUAAUUUGUUAUUAUGCUGGAUUGUAAACUUUAUUAUUUAAAACCUUGUAAAUAAUGUUGUAGCUAAGCUGUAUUAUUUCUAUUGCUAUUAUUGAUGGUCUCAUAAUGUGAUAUCAAUCUAAAAUUGACUAUACCCAAAUUAUAAUCCUAUAUUGUUACCAAAACCCUAAUAAAGGCUUUUUUAUUAUACAUUUGAA